CCAGGGCUGGGGUUCAGCAUCGCGGGGGGCGUGGGGAACCAGCACAUCCCCGGGGACAACAGCAUCUACGUCACCAAGGUCAUCGAGGGCGGCGCCGCGCACAAGGACGGGCGGCUGCAGAUCGGGGACAAGAUCCUGGCCGUGAACAACGUCAGCCUGGAGGACGUGAUGCACGAGGACGCGGUGGCGGCGCUCAAGAACACGUACGACGUCGUCUACCUGCGCGUGGCCAAGCCCGCCGCCACCUUCCUCGGGGACAGCUUCGCGCCCCCCGACGUCACCAGCUCCUACUCGGCGCACCUGGACGCGGAGCUGGGUCCCCAAAGCUACCUGGGCCCCGAGUUCCCCCCGGCCAUGACCCCCACGUCCCCGCGCCGCUACUCCCCCGGCCCCAAGGACCUGCUGGCCGACGACGACGUCCCCAGGUACCGGCCCCAUGUCCCCAAAAUGUCCCCGAUGGCCCUUGGG